AUGUCAGCCAACGGUAAGGAGAAAGUUCAAGUAAAAUUAAACGAAUUGGAAUGGAAGACAGUUCCAAUCGCAGACACAUUAGAUGAUUUUGGUGGAUUUUAUGGUUUAGAAGAAAUAGAUGGUGUUGACGUUAAAAUUGUAAACGGUCAGGCCCAGUUUUUCACUGUAGAUAAGCAUAUCAAAAAGGAGGCUUCCGAUGAGACUGAAAAGUUAACUGCUGAACUGAAUACAGAGGAAACAAUUGAAGACGAAGACGAAGUUCCAUAUAAUGAAGAAGAUUUAAUAGCAUUCAAGAAUCUAGAUGAUAUAAAUGAAGGUGAAUUAAGUACAGCAGAUGGAUCCGAUGAUGAAUUUGGAUCAGAUUUUGAUGAAGAAGAAAAGGCUAUUCUAGGUAAUAAAGUUGGAAGUGAAGAUGAUAACGAUAAGGAAGAACAAGAUGAAUUGAAGUCAAAUGUGUUUAACGCUGAUCUAGAUUUAGAUAAUGUAGUUUCUUCUUCUGAAAUGCCUGAGUGGGAGAAAGUUGGAAAUUUGUCUAUGACUGUUUUACAAGGUCUGUCAAAAUUGGGAUUUGUGAAACCAACUGAAAUUCAAGCAAAGACUAUCCCAUUAGGUUUAGAAGGCCAUGAUAUAAUGGGUAAAGCCUCCACCGGUUCUGGUAAGACAUUAGCAUAUGGUAUUCCAAUCCUGGAAAAGUUGGUUCAAUCACAAAGAACAAAGAACAAUGAUCCGAUUGGCCUUAUUUUUACCCCAACAAGGGAAUUGGCCCAACAGGUCUCUCAACAUUUACAAAAAAUUACAGAACUGAUUUUGAACGACCAUAACAAGUAUUCUAUUUUGUCCCUAACUGGUGGUUUAUCCAUUCAAAAGCAAGAAAGAUUGUUAAAGUAUGACGGUAGUGGUAAGAUUAUCAUUGCAACACCGGGUAGAUUUUUGGAAUUGUUAGAAAAAAAUACGCCCUUACUAGAAAGAUUUUCUAAAAUCGAUACUUUGGUUCUUGAUGAAGCUGAUAGAUUACUACAGGAUGGUCAUUUUGAUGAAUUUGAAAAAAUUAUUAAAUUAUUGAGAUCUUACCGUAAGAAGAGUAAUAAAUCUCAAUUUUGGCAAACAAUGAUCUUUUCUGCCACAUUUUCUAUUGAUUUGUUUAAUAAAUUAGGUUCAACAAAUCAUUACAAGAACAAGAAAAAUGAAAAAGAAGAUGAAUUACAAUUAGUCUUGAAACAUUUGAUGACAAAGAUACAUUUUAAAUCCAAACCAAUUAUUAUCGACACCAAUCCAGAAUCGAGGAUCAGUUCACAAAUUAAAGAAGCUUUGAUUGAGUGUGCUCCACUAGAACGUGACUUAUUUGUAUAUUAUUUCAUUACAAUGUAUCCAGGUACAACUUUGGUCUUUUGUAACGCUAUUGAAUCUGUGAAGAAAUUGAAUGCAUUUUUAAACCAAUUAAAGAUAAACACAUAUCAAAUCCAUUCUUCAAUGACACAAAAGAAUCGUUUAAAGAAUUUGGAGAGAUUUAAGGAAAAGGCCAACUUUAAUGCGAAGAUUAAUAAGGCUACUGUAUUAAUUGCAAGUGAUGUUGCAGCAAGAGGUUUAGAUAUUCCACAGAUUGAACAUGUUAUUCAUUAUCAUUUACCUCGUACAGCUGAUGUAUACAUCCAUAGAUCUGGUAGAACUGCUCGUGCAUCUAAUGAGGGUGUUGCUGUUGUAUUAUGUUCCCCACAAGAGUCUGUUGGGCCAUUAAGAAGAUUGAGAAAAAUGUUGGCGUCAGAUGAUGUUAGAGUUAAGAGCAGAGGCAAGAAAAUGAAAUGGCAAAAAACCAUUCCACAACUACCGAUUGAAUCAGACAUUCUUGCACAGUUGAAGGACCGUAGUACGUUGGCUUCUGAAUUAGCUGCUAAUGAGAUUGCAUCUAAUUCGUUGCAUAAAGACGAUAAUUGGUUAGCCAAGGCUGCUGAAGAGCUAGGUAUUGAUGUAGAUUCAGAUGAUGAAAACAAGGAUACAUAUUUGGCCAAAAAUAAAACUAAGAAAAUGAAUAAAACUAUCAGUAAAGAUCAAGCUAAAUUCGAUAGAAUGAAAUUGACUGAAUUGUUAGCCAUUCCACUACGUAAAGACAGAAGACAAAAAUACUUGACCGGUGGUCUAGUAAACUUGGCGGAUCAUUUGGUUAAGAAAAGAGGACAUAAUGAUAUUAUUGGUCACGAAAAAGUUGGUGCUUUGGAACUAUUAAAAAAUAAAAAGAGAAGAAAGUAA